AAUGCAAAAAAAAAAAAAACAGCUGCGCGAAGUAUGGAAAAUGUCGAUAUGAAACAGAUGCCAGAUUUGUGCCAUUUUACAAAUUUUUUACAUUUUUAGAACAUGUUCGCAAAAAGUACGUAUGGUCACCCUUCUAUAAGACUGAAGAGCGGAAGUGUGGUAGCGCUACAGAGAGCAGGUACAGCUGUAACUAACCCACGGUAUGGGAGCACGCUAGUCGAAUAGCUACAUAUGGGAAUGGAGAAUAAAAUCCGUUGCUAAUUCAGCUAUUACCUCAUGACUGUCUCUUGUUAAUGGCACCUCAAAUGCUGAUGGUACUGUUUACUUAAAUAAGUGAGCCUUUGGCUAUUUAGCUAGCUAGAUAAGGUACUCGGACGGUGUUAGCUAGCAUAGCUAACCUAGCUCUUGCAGACUAGAUAACAUAAGUAAGUUAGCUAGCAAGUUGAACGAGUUACUGUUUGUACCUACCCUCUUUCUUUCUUUUUAGCCGACAUCCAUAUUGAAAACUAGGACCUUCUUUAUAUCUAACUUUUUUAAGUCUUAAAAGGUUGGCCAUGUAAUUGACUCCUAAUGUCACCUGCCCUGUGUGAAGCCGUUAGUCUGGACAGUUUUGACGGAUCUACCACGUCUUCGGAGAGGCCUCAGAGUUGGUAACUAGCCAGCUAAUGACACUGGAACACAGAUGUGUGCCGCUGUAACAGAGACAUGCUGUAUAAAGAAAUGCCUAACGCUACGUGGCGUGUUCAGUAUUUUGUCGUAAUGUUUCAUCGCGCCAGUUAGCUAACCUAGCAAGGUCGCUGAAAAAGUCGGCAGUUAUCGCCAACCACUGACGUGGGGUUUUGGGCACGCGUCAAAUCUCGGCUGAAGCUGGAAACUCGCAGAGGUGACAGACGAAAGACCCUCCGCGUCUCCGCGACGAAAAGCUAGUAACUUAACGGGACUUUUUUUUAAGUAUGUCCAAAAGCAGCCGAAGAUACAAGGCUUUGCAAGGGAGCAAUGGCAACGCUGCGUCCGGCUGUGCGCGGACGAGAGUGGCCCGUGCUCGCGUGUUGCUCUUCUGCCUGUGCUGCGUGCUGUCGCUGGCCUUGAUCCUGGGCUGGUACCUGUCCGGCGAGACGGCCGGCGUCGACCUCCGAACCCGGGCUGCUGAUUUAUUGAAGGACAAGGUCUCCCACAAGCCCAGGAAGUGUUCCACGGCACAGGUGCGCAGGCUGGCCAGCCAGGUGGACAGGACUCGUCUGUGGGAGAGCCAGCUGAGGCCCAUGCUGGUGGAGCGGGUACCGGGCACGGCAGGAAGCCAAGCUGUAAGGCGGCACAUCACCAGCCAGCUCAGGUCCCUCUCCGCGGGGUGGACGGUGGAGGAGGACUCAUUCGAGUCGGCCACACCAAAAGGCACCGUGGUCUUCAGCAACGUGCUGGCUGUUCUGGAUCCCACCGCCCCACGCAGGCUCCUCCUUGCCUGCCACCACGACUCCAAAAUCAUCCCUCGCGACCCUAAAGAGCCGCAGCGGGCGUUUGUGGGCGCUAGCGACUCGGCCGUGCCCUGCGCCAUGCUGUUGGAGCUGGCGUCGGCGCUGGAUACGCAGCUCCGAGCCCUGAAGCAGCAGAGGUCAGUAAUCACUCUGCAACUCAUCUUUUUUGACGGGGAGGAGGCCUUCGAGGAGUGGACGGACAAAGACUCCCUCUACGGCUCCCGCCAUCUCGCUGAGCUCAUGAGCCACACACCUCAUCCGCCUGGCUCCACACACACCACGCAGCUGCAUGCAGUGGAUCUGUUUGUGCUGUUGGACUUACUGGGCGGUCCAGAGCCCCUGAUCGUCAGCCAUUUUGAUAACACAGCCCGCUGGUUCGACCUCCUGGUUGCUGCAGAGGCAAGACUGCACCGACAGGGCCUCCUCUCCUCCCACCCCUCCGAACAGAGCUACUUCAGGAAGGACUUUUACCUGGGCCCCGUGCAAGACGACCACAUUCCCUUCUUACAUCGAGGCGUGCCAGUGCUCCACAUCAUCCCCACGCCGUUCCCUUCCUUCUGGCACACGCUGAAGGACACGGAGGAAAGCAUGCACAGGCCUACGGUGGAGAACCUCACCAAGAUCCUGGCCAUCUUCCUGACCGAGUACCUGCACCUCUAACCUCUGCUUUCGCACACACGACUUUUCGACACGCAGGCGUGCGCAGCAGCGAACGCUGAUGGUACUUCAUCAGCUGGUGACCAGCAAGCAGGGCGUCGUGCACAGGAGUGCGCCGCACAGACUUUUUGAAUGCAUCAUUUUAUUUAUCUGCUGAAGCAAGCCAUAGGUCACAAUGACCAUGAACCUAGCUGCUUUGCACAACUCGAAACCGCAAAGCCGUCGCCUCGGUCUGUUACUGCACCAGUCCGUGCAGGAUGAGACAGAGCCAUUGUUGAUGAGACUCGCUACCAAAGACCACACUCAUCAUCUAGUCAUCAAGUGGAUCUGACUUAUUUCAACAGCCUUGAACUUAAAAUCUUUGCAUUUGAGCCAUUGGUCACUAACCCCUUGCACUGUAUGUGCAGGUGAGCAGUGCUGGUUAGUUUCAGUUGUACUGUGUUAUAUAUUUUAGUAUCUGAAUAAUAAAGUCCUGUUAAGAGCCGAA